AUGCGUCCUCUGGUGCUGAAGGGUCAUGAACGAGCGAUCACGAAAGUGAAGUACAACAGAGAAGGUGAUCUACUGUUUUCGUCGGCUAAGGACAAGCUUCCUACCGUAUGGUAUUCGGAUACCGGCGAACGUCUAGGCACAUACAACGGGCACAACGGUGUCGUCUGGUGUCUCGACGUGUCGUUCGACACCAGUUGUCUGUUGACUGGAAGCGGUGAUAACUCAUGUUGUUUGUGGGACUGUGAAACCGGCACAUUGGUCAACCGUCUUGGCUCACCGACGGCUGUCCGCGCCGUUGGCUUUUCCUACAGUUCGAAUACGUUCUUCUACUCGACCGACCAACGAAUGACGCAAAACUGUUCAUUGGAUGUGUUUGACACCCGCGACAAGAACGCGAUGGCCAAAGGCGAGGCGUGCAUCAAAAUCCCGAUACUGAAGUCACGCAUUACCAGCGCCCUCUGGGGUCAUCUCGAUUACAUCAUCAUCACUGGCAACGAAAACGGAGAAAUAUGUCAGUUCGACAUUCGGAGGGACAGCUCAGAUCCGGUCAAUUUCCUCACGGAGCACAAGCGUGCCGUGAUGGAUCUUCAGACGUCAUCUGACGAGAUCAUGCUAUUGUCGGCAAGCAAGGAUCAGACAGCGAAGUUGUUCGACGCUCAAAAUUUCAUCCACCUGAAAACUUAUCAGUCAGAGCGUCCAGUGAAUUCCGCGGCAAUUUCUCCGACGAGAGACCACAUCGUUCUCGGCGGUGGUGAAGAAGCUAUGAAGGUCACCCAAACGGACACACGACAAGGUCAGUUUGAGGCGAAAUUUUACCAUCUAAUCUUCCAAGAGGAGUUUGCGAGGGUUCGUGGUCAUUUCGGUCCCAUUAACAGCUUGGUGUUUCAUCCAGACGGAAAGUCGUACGCUUCAGGUGGAGAAGACGGUUACGUGCGCGUUCACGUUUUCGACGACGAUUAUUUUGAUUUUGACUUGGAUUAUUAA